GCGGCUCCAGGGAGUGGACGCUGCGGCGCUGCUGGUGAAGAAGAGCUGAGCGAGCGUCGAGUGACGAGUUGUGGGAGAGCUGGGCCAACCGCAGAGCAGAGCUGGCUGGCUGACGAGCAGCGAAUAGCGCAGAAGCGUCUUUGGCCCUGAAGGAGCGGUGCAAGUCCCUGGAGCCGCAGGUCAAGAUGCAGGCAACACCAUGUACCGCCUUUCAGCAGCUGCCGGCUGAAAUGCUGGACCGCAUCCUACAAUACCUCAGGCCCACACAUUUGCUGCGGAUCCGCGGAGUGUCGCGUGGCUGGCGCCAGGCAGUGGACGACAGCCUGGGGCGCCGCCACCAUCUCCACCUUACCGGAGAUGACGUGCGGCACGCCAACGACGAGCGGCUGGAGCGGCUGCUACGCCGCAUGCCGUCCCUGCGGCGGCUCACAACCGACCAUUACAUCCGAAAAACAACCGACCAUUGCAUCUAUGUCAUCUGCUCACCGCCGGCGCCGUUAUCCGUUGACGUCGUCUCCCGGCUCUCAGGACACCUGGAAAGGGUGGAUUUGUUCCACUUCGACUCGGCCCCACAGCCUCUGGAGGGGCUGUGCUCCAGGUGUCCCCGGCUGGGGGACGUCACGCUGCCUCGCAGGUCUGCCGAGCGGUGCGCGGAGGUGCUGCUUCGCCGCCUGCCGUCCCUGCGGCGGCUGGACGUGGUGUGGAGUGGCGUGCGGGGAGAGUGUUUAUCGCUGCUCCCCGAGUCAUUGGAGGCUCUCUCGGUGGCCUAUUGUCUACAUCUACAGCCGGCCUGCCUGCGUCAGCUGACCCGCUGUCCUCGGCUGCGGCGGCUGGACGUGUCAUGUGUGAAGGGGCUGCAGACGUUAGCCUCGCAGGCUAACGUCUGCUGA